GGAAGGCGGGAAGGCCGUCGUCUGUCGGCGCCAUGGACAACUAUCAGAUUCAGAAAACAGAGCCCAGAGGCAGCCAUGGGUUCGUGCACAUCGUGAAGCGUAUUAGAGAUGGGACGACAUUUGCCAUGAAAGUGGUUGAAUGUAUGGAUGAGGCAACUGCCAAUCGUGCUAUGGAAGAAGCAAUGAUCAUAUUAAAACUGGAUCAUCCUAAUAUCUGCCAUUAUGAGGAGAUAUUUGUUUCUUGGGAUCAUGAGGUGUCAGCUGUCACAGUUUGUAUGGUCAUGGACUAUUCUCCUGUAGGAGACCUGGCUUCAGUCAUCCAGACCAAGAGACAGAUGAAGGGGAAAAUCAGAGAGAUGGUGAUAAAGAAUUUUCUGGGACAGAUGGUGGAUGGCCUUAUCUACUUGCAGUCCAAACAUGUGAUUCACAGAAACUUGAAACCAACUAACAUCCAAAUGCUAGCUGAUCUCUCAUUUACAAUAUGUGAUUUCAUCUUUCCAACAUUUGUCGGUGAUGAAGUUAAGUUCAAGAUAAGGAUGAAAGACUCUGCAAAGGUCUGGAUGGCUCCGGAGGCAUUGAAAAGGAGGCCAUUGGCGAAAAGUGACGUCUGGUCCUUAGGAUGUAUUUUGCUUGAGAUGAUGACAUGCAACAUGAUGGACGUACAAAAUCCUUUUCCACUUCAUUCUCUGUGACCUCCUUGGAAUUGCAUUUUAAAAGUCUUGUUCUGCCACCUCUGCUAGUGCUGACACUCCUUAGGAUGCUGGUCAAAGUGCUCUGACAUAUCCUUCUGUGUUUCCUGGCCUCCUGACUAUUAUCAGGGUGCGAUACUAUGCCCUUGACUUUCUUUUGAUGCCUUUUUUUGAAAUUACAAGAAGCUUUUAGAAUUGUCAGUAUUUAUCAGUCAGAAGUCACA